CGACGACAGUGACAGUUUGACCAAAAUCUUGGCAAGCAAAGCUAAGUACAAGUGCCGAAAUGGUCCAUCGAACCAAACACACGUAGUGUACGACAUUAUGGCGAUCCACACCCUGCAAGUACAGUGCCUGUUAGUGAUGCUGGUAUUAUUGGCAUGCAGCUGGGGUAGUGCCAGUUGCGCGGGGAAACUAGCCGUGGCCUUUGCAUCGACGCGACCGAUACGGUCGACUUUUCCUUCAACCGGAUUCGUAAAGGUGAAUCUUCAUCGUUCCUACCAGGCACCUCUUUACGUUCUACCACAGAUUCCCGAAGAAACGCCCUCGUCGCCUUCAACGAAAAGAUUUCGCUUUCUUUCCAAAUUGGGUAUUGGUACGGCUAGGAAAGAUGGCCGCGCUAUUCGCAAUAUCGCCCGGACCGAAAAAAAAGCCCGAACCAUUUACAACAUCACCACACAGAUGGACUUGGACAACUACUGGAAAGAUGAUCAACGUCGGUUCCGCAAGGAUGAAAAGGGUACCAUCGAUUAUGAUUGGCUGAUUCGGUCACUGAACGUGAGCGGCGAUACCCAAAUCAUAGGGGACCCCUCACGUCCGGAAUAUGUUCAUCCCGUCGCUCAACUCGUACACGAGCGCCAGCGGCGGGGUACAGCCUUGGGACAGCACAAAGAUGGUUGUAAACUCGCCUUGGCUGUCGAAGGUGGAGGAAUGCGUGGCUGCGUGACGGCCGGGAUGAUUUGUGCCCUCCAUCACUUGAAUUUGACGUCCGUAUUCGACGUAAUCUACGGCUCGUCGGCAGGGAGCAUCACCUCCGCGUACUUUAUUACGGGACAGUUGCCCUGGUUCGGACCAGAAGUCUACUACGAUCAGCUAACGACGGCAGGCAAGAAUUUUAUUGAUAGGCUCGGUUUGCUGGAUCCGCGGUUGUACCGGGAUGUAAUAACACGCCCCGACGGCAAACCCGUCUUAAACCUCAAAUACUUGCUCAAAACGACCGUCAAGGAUACCAAACCAUUGGAUUGGGACAAAUUUUUGGAACAGCAAACGCUCCAACCUUUGAAUGUGGUAACCUCCGGCCUCAAGAGUCAGCGAUCGAUUGUCCUAAGCUAUGAAAACGGUGGUUUCGAAAAUUUGAAUGAAUUGACAGAUUGCAUGCAUGCGUCCUGCCUAUUACCGGGCAUUGCUGGGCCUGUCAUGAACCUGGAUAUGCGGUCUACUUCUCAACGGGGGAAAACUCCCAAAUUGAUGCUUGGUAAUGGACGGAUGGAAGACUACCUCGAACCGUUGGCGGACGCUUUGAUUUACGAACCGCUCCCCUAUCGAUCGGCCGUUGCGGCCGGCGCGACACAUGUCGUAGUCUUACGGUCGCGCCCAGACGGUACUGAUGUGACUGGAAAGGGUGGUAUUUUUGAACGCAUGAUUUUUCGACGGUUUCUUUUACGCAAGAACAGACUUCCCCACAUGUUUCAGCGACUUUCCCAGCAACUUCAUAAGAAGUUGUAUGCUGAACAAGUGAUUGAGGUUAACGAAGCAGCAUAUAGUAAACAAGAUUUCAAGGAUACUUCUAACCCACACUUACUCGGCGUUGCGCUACCUCCUGGAUCACCGGAAGUUGUCCGACUAGAAACCGGCCGUGAGGCAAUCUUUGAAGGAAUUCGGAGAGGUUUCGCUCGGGCGUACGAUUGCCUCGUUGAAGACCCAAAGGAGCGCGGUCGUGGACAAAUCGUAGCCAAGGAGUACUUUCCGGACGAGAUUUUGGAUUACGAUCCUUUGACGAUUAGUGAAACUGACAGAUCGGCCUUUGAAGUCUACAUGAAAAAGAGUGGAAUCACACCAAAAUCAUGGGGAGACAAAGAACACCGAGCUAGACCAACAGUGCGAUGA